GUCCUGAGAUCAUGAGCAAGCUGGCUGGUGAGUCUGAGAGUAACCUGAGGAAAGCCUUUGAAGAAGCAGAGAAGAACGCUCCUGCCAUCAUCUUCAUUGAUGAACUGGAUGCCAUCGCUCCCAAGAGAGAGAAGACACAUGGAGAGGUAGAACGUCGCAUAGUGUCUCAGCUGUUGACUCUUAUGGAUGGACUGAAACAGAGAGCACAUGUGAUUGUUAUGGGAGGGACCCAAAAACCCAACAUAUGUCGUUUUGACAGAGAAGUAGAUAUUGGUAUCCCAGAUGCCACUGGGCGCCUGGAGAUCCUGCAGAUCCACACAAAAAAUAUGAAACUGGCUGAUGAUGUGGAUCUGGAACAGGUGGCAAACGAGACCCAUGGACAUGUUGGUGCUGACUUAGCUGCUCUUUGCUCAGAAGCUGCUCUUCAGGCUAUCAGAAAGAAGAUGGAUCUCAUAGACCUAGAAGAUGAAACCAUCGAUGCUGAAGUGAUGAACUCACUGGCUGUGACCAUGGAUGACUUCAGGUGGGCUCUGAGCCAAAGCAACCCUUCUGCUCUUCGGGAGACUGUGGUGGAGGUGCCACAAGUUACCUGGGAAGAUAUUGGUGGUCUAGAAGAUGUAAAGAGAGAACUCCAGGAACUUGUACAGGGUAGAGUGAAGCUGGGGUUAAGAGUUCUGGAAAACUACCUGAACUG